AUUGUCAUUGAAUAAAAAUUUGAUUCUCGUUGAAUUUAAUUCAACACAGAUUGUACUUGAACUUAUAUUUUUCAGUGAAAUCUGAAUCCAAACAACUAUUCGUUUACAUUUAGAUUUAAAAAUAAACAUGGGCAAGCAAAUACCACCGCUACGGGACGUUUCCCCAGUCCUCCAAGCCGUUAGAAAUUUUCUUUUAGGAAGAAAACAUACAAAUGCUUUGAGGUUCGAGCCUUUGCUGGCCGACAGGACUCAGCCGCCUCCUAAGCUGCCUGACGGGGUGGCGCAUAAACAUGCUCAGAACUAUUAUUAUACAAGAGAUGCAAGAAGGACAGUAGCUCCACCUCUAGAUGUGACUAAGCAGCUCAUUGAAGCCAGCUCAGAUAAAGGGGCUCCCAAAGAAGCAGUGAAUGUACGACCUACCCCUGGGAGGGUAUACCUGUGGGAUAAGCACUAUGACUAGAUUUAUGAUUUGUUAAGUUAAAUAUAUAGAUCAAUGAUAUGAAUUAUAUUAUGUAUUUCAAAUUACAAUA